AUGGCGCUCAGCUCCCGGGCUCACGCCUUCUCGGUGGAAGCCCUGGUGGGACGCUCGGCCAAGAGGAAGGUGCCGGAGGGUCGCGAUGAGGAGCCCGGCCCCGGCUGCCGGCCGGCUCGCAGAGCCCCGGAGGCGGAGAAGCGGCCCAAGGCCGGUGCCGAGAGCCGGCAGGGAGGGGUGCAGGUGGAGCUGCAGGGCUCCGAGCUCUGGCGGAGGUUCCACGACAUCGGCACCGAGAUGAUCAUCACCAAGGCCGGCAGGAGGAUGUUCCCGUCGGUCCGGGUCAAGGUGAAGGGGCUGGAGCCGCUGCAGCAAUAUUACAUCGCCAUCGACGUGGUGCCCGUGGACUCCAAAAGAUACAGGUACGUUUAUCACAGCUCGCAGUGGAUGGUGGCGGGGAACACGGACCAUUCCUGCAUCACCCCGCGCCUCUACAUCCACCCCGACUCGCCCUGCUCGGGGGAGACGUGGAUGAGGCAAAUCAUCAGCUUCGACCGCGUGAAGCUCACCAACAACGAGAUGGACGACAAGGGGCACAUCAUCCUGCAGUCCAUGCACAAGUACAAGCCCCGCGUCCACGUUAUCGCCCAAGAUUCUCGCUUCGAUCUAGCGCAGAUCCAGUCUCUGCCGGCCGAGGGGGUGCAGACCUUCUCCUUCCAGGAGACCGAGUUCACCACCGUGACGGCCUACCAGAACCAGCAGAUCACGAAGCUGAAGAUCGACAGAAACCCCUUCGCCAAAGGUUUUCGGGACCCCGGCAGGAACAGGGGGGUUCUGGACGGGCUCCUGGAGACCUACCCGUGGCGACCACCCCUCGCCCUGGACUUYAAGGCUUUCGGUGCGGACAGCCAGGGUGGGAGCUCCAGCUCUUCUCCAGUGGCCUCCAGCGGUGGGACCCCCUCUCCUUUGAACCCCCUGCUCUCUCCAUCGUGCUCCCCUCCCACGCUUCACCUGCCCGCGAGCAACUUGGCCGUGUCGUGCCCCGAGAGCUUCCUGCACCCCCUCAACGUGCCCCUCUACUACAAGAUCUGCCCCACGAGCUUCUUGAGACAACAGGCRCUCCUCUUUCCGAGCCACGAAAAACUGGGAGCCACCAACCCACACCUUCUACCCCACUUCAUGGUGGAGAUGCCCAAGCUGUCUUCCCUGAAAAACGCCAAAGCCGAAGACUUAAACGCUCAGUGCCUACAAGCCCCCGGUUCUGCUGGUCAAAUGCUGUAUGGAUUACAUGCAUCUGGAAACAUUUUCCCAUCAAGUCCCAUUGCUCGGGAAGCACUUAAUUGUUCUUUACAUCCUCCAUAUGGCUUGUAUGGUUAUAACUUCUCCGUGCCAUCCAGACUGAUGAAUGCAGCAGGCCAUUUCAAAGUGAGUGACAGCAUUCCGGCUGCUUUGAGGGACGGCAGAUGCAAUCACUYCAACUGGCACCCCACAAUUAACCACUGCCUUUAGUGGGAUCAGAGAAUAUUUCUAAACGUUGCUGUGUAAAGCAAGUCCUUCCUUCCUUCAUACCCAGGGGCUUGUUAGUUAUUGAC